AUGAGGAUACUGUGCGCAGUCUUUGCUCUCCUGAUCCAAAAUUUUCACUGUUUCACUUUAGAUGAUUCACCAUUUGAACUAAAAAACAGGGCCACUGGUUUUUGUUUGGGAAAAACAGUUAACUCCUGUUAUCAUAUCCGCUGGACAUCUGGUGAUCGACUUUUGGUUCUGGAUAGGAACAAGUGCCUGGGUGUCCAGGGGAAAACUGUGGGCAGUGAAGUAAACCUCUAUGAUUGCGAUGAAACCAGUGAGCUCCAAAAGUGGGAAUGUAAGAAUGAAACGGUGCUCGCUCUCAAAAGUCAGGAGCUUUACAUUAAGUUCACUACAGAUAACAUGGCUGUGCUCUCAGAAAGAGUAGGACCCAAUAACCACCUCACAGUUUCCGGGACUUCAGGUGGCGCUUGCACGAGAACAUAUACAGAAUUGUACACCAUUGAAGGAAAUGCAGCUGGGAGGCCUUGCAUGUUUCCUUUCUUUUACAAAGGCAACUGGUAUUCGAACUGCAUUACCCUCGACUCCCCACAGCAGCGUAGUUGGUGUCCGGUUGAAACAAAAUAUGAACAUGAACUCUGGGGUUACUGCCCAACUAACUCCAAAGAAAACUGGAACAAACACCCUACAACAGGAGCAGCUUAUCAGCUCAACACACAGUCAGCACUGACAUGGGAUCAGGCUGACGCCAGCUGCAGACAGCAGAGUGCCACCCUGCUCAGUAUCAGGAAUCCUGAGGAGCAGGCUUAUGUUUCAGCAAUAUUAGGGGCAGGUAGGGGACAGGAGUACAAACUUUGGAUUGGAUUGACCUUCCUGGAUUCAGAUUAUGUCUGGAAGUGGUCUAAUGGGAACCCUUACUCAUAUCUGAACUGGGAUUCAGGACAUCCAGUUUCUAAUCCAGGACAUACGUGUGGAAUUAUUGAUGGUGCUGUGCAGUAUUCUUGGCAAAGUUCAAAGUGCAAUAAGAAACUGGGUUACAUCUGCUACAGUAAAGGACCUUUGACUCUGCCUACUGAAGCUACUGAGACAGGAUUUUGUUCAGCGCCCUGGAUUCCUUACAAUGGCCACUGCUUUUACCUUAAUCGCACUAAGACAAAAACAUGGUCUGAUGCUCAGAAAGCUUGCCGUAAAGAAGGAGGAGACCUAGUAAGCAUUCAUAAUGUGGAGGACCAAAGCUUCAUCGUCUCUCAACUUGGAUAUGCACCUACUGAUGAACUCUGGAUUGGACUGAAUUAUAGGAAGACAAAGAAAAUGUUUGUCUGGGCUGAUCAUUCUGAUGUGAGGUACACUAGCUGGGGGCCUCACGAACCAACUGUCACCUCUGACCAAGAAGACUGUGUUCUCAUCAAGGGGGAGAAUGGAAACUGGGCUGACCGAGUCUGUAAGGAGAAACAUGGCUUUAUCUGCAUGAAGAUGAGUGACUCUGAGCACUCUGGAGAAGAAGUGGAGCUGAAUGCAGGCUGCAAAACUGGCUGGAAAAGACAUGGAUACCACUGCUACUUUGUAGGAACUGAGACAAAGACAUUUGAUGAAGCAAACCUUGACUGCAAGAGCUCAAACUCCCACUUAGCUGAUGUUCCAGCUGGGGUGGAUAAUGUUUUCCUUGUAAGCUUGGUGGGACUGAGACCAGAGAAACACUUCUGGAUAGGUCUCUCAAACCGGAAAUACAUAGAAUAUUUUAUGUGGACCAACAAUGGCUCUGUGACAUUUACUCAUUGGAACACUCAUAUGCCAGGACACAAACAGGGUUGUGUUGCUGUGGCAACGGGGAGUCAUGCAGGCCUUUGGGAUGUGUUACCUUGUACCAAUAAGGAAAAAUACAUCUGCAAACACCUGGCAGAGGGGGCAGUUUUAACCCCCGCUCCACCAACCACUCCCACUCUCAGCUGUGCAGAUGGCUGGACUAAGAUGCAAGGGAGACACAGCUGUUAUAAGAUGUUUUCUGAAAACAAAAUGACCUGGUACGAGGCUAGAGAUUACUGCAGAGCCAUCGGAGGAGACCUAGUCAGCAUUCACGGCAAUGUUGAUCCAUCAUUAAAGCAAGCUCAAUGGUUGACACAAUUCUGGAUUGGACUCAAUGCCCCAGACCCAGACACAGGUUACAUAUGGAGUGAUGGAUCCCCAGUAAAUUUCCAACAGUGGAGUGAUGGAGAACCAAACAAUAAAAACAAUGCUGAAUCAUGUGUUGAAAUUGAAAAACAUUGGAGGGAAACUCAGUCUUGGAACACUGUGCAUUGUGAGAAAUACAAUCACUGGAUUUGUCAGAUUUAUGCAGGAGUCACCCCAAAGCAACCACCAAGCCCUGUCACCCCCAAGUAUAACAUAACCUCUGAUGGCUGGUUAGAAUGGCAAGGGGCUCAGUAUUACAUUAACAGAGAUGCGAUGGCCAUGGAGGAAGCUCGUAGCUUCUGCAAACAGAGGCAUGGUGACCUGGUGUAUAUCAACAGUGAAGCAGAAGCGAUAUUUUUAUGGAAACAGAUAUCAAGAGGUUAUAGACAUUGCUGGAUUGGUCUAACUGUAGAUUUCGAUGGAACAUUUCAGUGGAUGGAUGGUUCUCAAGUGUUGUUUCAAAAGUGGGACGAAAAUCAGCCUGACUUCCAUAACUUUGAUGAGAACUGUGCUGCCAUGACAUAUCAUAAUGGAUUCUGGCAUGAUUUUAACUGUGGGCAUGAGUACAUGUCCAUUUGUAAACGCAGCAGCUCUCCACCUGCAAACACCACUGUUGCACCUACAGUGCCUCCAAAAGGUGGAUGCAAACACCCUUGGAAAAAAUUUAACUCUAAGUGUUACAGCAUUUUUAACAAUCAGAAUUUAACAUGGCAUGGAGCGAGGGAAAAAUGUAAACAAAUGGGAGGAAACUUGGCCUCUAUUUCUUCAAGACAUGCAGAAGUGUUUUUGUUGUCUCAAAUGGCUGAUGCACCCAAGACAGACCUAUGGAUUGGUCUUUAUAAGCAUUACUGGACUGAUGGGCAACCAAUUUCAUAUAUCAACUGGAAUUGGUUUCCACAGAAGGACUGUUUUGUGAUCAAUACCGAGCCUGUACUAGGUAUUGGGAAAUGGAUUCAGAAGUCAUGCAAUGACAGCCAUGGUUUUGUCUGUCACCAAAAAGUUGACCCAGCUCUCCCAGACUCUCCAGAACCAACAACUUCUACUAACUACAUCAAAAUACUUAGUGACUCAAUUAAGGUUGUUCCUGAACAAAUGAAUUGGGAUAAAGCCAAGAAGUACUGUGAAAGUGAUGGUGCCAACCUAGCUAGCCUGCGAAAUGAGUGGACACAAGCUUAUGUUGAGAUGUUGGCAAUGAAUCUCAAGGCUCCUCUAUGGAUCGGAUUAAACAAAGUGAAGACCAAUGGUACUUUCAGAUAUGUUGAUGGCUGGCACUUAACAUUUAGUCGAUGGGGUAAAAAUGAACCAAGCAGAGACCGAACUUGUGUAUACAUGGACGUGGAUGGAAAAUGGAAAACUGCUCACUGCAAUGAGACACUAGAGAGUGUUUGCAUGAAGUCUACAGAUAUACAACCAACAGAGUCAAGUCAUUUUCCAGGAGUUUGCCCUCAAGACUCACAGACAAUCAGAAACCAGAAUUAUUUCUGGCUGCCAUUCAGGGGUUAUUGUUAUAGUUUUAUCACAGAGCACAAAUCAUGGUCAGAAGCAGCUUCUAGUUGUGUGGAACAUGGCGGAAUGCUUGUUAGCAUUGAAGAUUCCUCUGAGCAAGAAUUUAUAAAAAGUAAACUGAGAAUUUUUCAAGACAGCUACUCAUCCUUCUGGAUUGGCCUGUUUGAAAAAUUUCACAAAGAGGAGUGGCUCUGGUUGGAUAAAACAGUCAUGGAUUACACUAACUGGGGUGAAGGCCAACCUGUUACUGGCAUAAGGAGUCACAGAGGAGAGAUUAAUACAUUAGAUGGGACAUGGAAGGCUAGUCGAUUGUGGAAUAUCAGACCUUACAUUUGCAAGACACACAAAGUAUUACUACCAAAACCAUCACCAUCAGCUAAAAUUGGAUUACCUGAUCAUCAACGUGUUCACAUAGGUAUGGCAGUUGCACUAGUCAUUGUGGGAACUGCAGUGGUAGCAGUCACUGCCAUCAUCUUCUUCAAGAAAUUUGAUCAUCAGUUACCCGUGUGUAACACCUUCAAUAACCCGCUCUUCUUCAGCAGCAUGGUGUCGCAGCCUGAACUAGCUGACACCAAUAUACUGGUAGAAAAUGCAGCAGAAAAGGAUACUGACAAUUUAAUCAGCAUAUAA